AUGAUGCUCACGAACCUCGUAUACGCCGCCUGGUUCUUCUGUCUGACUACUAUUUGUCCCGGGUUCAACAUUGCUAAGCCCAUGUCCACGUUCACUAUCGUCAUUUUUAACCUUUUCGGAGGCUUCGUGAUGGCCAAGAACGUCAUGCCGGAUUGGUUGAUCUGGGCUUACUACCUCGUUCCGGACUCCUGGUCGCUGCGUGCGCUGUGUGUGAACCAGUAUCGAUCCAAGACAUUCGACGUGUGUGUGUACGAUGGAGUGGACUACUGUUCGCAGUACAAUUUGACAAUGGGCGGGUAUUUCCUGCAACAGUUCGCUGUGCCUUCGAACCAUAACUGGGUGUGGACAGGUAUCAUCUACAUGAUUGGCCUCUACAUUUUCCUCAUGGCAACGGGUGCCUUUAUCCUCGAAUACAAGCGAUACGAUGGUCCUGCUAACGUGUCUCUCAAGCCAAAAGAAGACAGUAGCAGCAAUGUUACCAAAGAUACAAGUGACUACGUGCUGACCACAACUCCCAAGAACUCUGGCAAUAAGGUCUUCCGGCGCAGCAAAGCCACUGACACCCUUGAGGAGCUCGAGAGAUUCCUUCGGGUUGCCUGGUUUCGGAACAAAGUAGUGCAAGUCCUGGAAGGCGAUCGUCACGGGAGAGAACAGCUUCUCACGUCGUGGCACAUCAAGCACAGUAUCGUGCAUCGAUCCAGACGACGAGUGGACUAUCUGGAAGCCAUCCCCGGUACGUCGCCAUGUCCGAAGGAACAGAACCCUGCGUCUUGGAUGCUGGAGGUGAUCGGUGCCGGUGUGAGCAACAGUUCCAGUAACACAACGGACUUUGUGAAAUGUUUCAAAGAGAGUGAGGAGAAGCGCCUUCUGGACGCGCAACUGGAUCGACCUGGUUUGACUCGUCCCAGUCCUGAUCUCCCGGAGAUGAUGUUCAACAAGAAACGAGCUGCCAGCUCGAUGACUCAAAUGCGCUUCCUACUCAAGCGUUUUAACGACCGCUACUGGCGUACACCGACGUACAACAUCACUCGAUUCGCGAUCUCUCUUGGUCUCGGCGUCUUGUUCGCUGUCGUGUUCGCCAACAAAUCGUACCAGACGUAUCAAGAGAUCAACGCCGGUAUCGCGAUGGUGUUCAUGACGUCCAUGUUCAACGGUGUCAUCUCGUUCACAGGCACUCUCCCCAUCUCCUUCGCAGAACGGGGGGCGUACUACCGUGAGCGCGCAUCACAGACCUACAACUGUCUGUGGUACUUUGUGGGGUCCACAAUUGCUGAAAUCCCGUACGUCUUCGUCAGCUCAGCACUGUUCACGCUUAUUUUCUACCCUUCGGUUGGCUUCAGGAACGUGGCGUCGGGCUUCAUGUUCUGGAUUGCGAACGCACUUUUCGUCCUCAUGCAGACAUAUCUGGGUCAGCUUUUCAUCUACGCGAUGCCCACUGUGGAGGUCGCUGCUAUCCUGGGAGUGCUGUACAACUCAAUCUGUCUCACUUUCGCGGGCUUUAACCCACCAGCUGCAAGUAUCCCUCGUGGUUAUCACUGGUUGUACCUCAUCACACCGCAAAAAUACUCGAUGAGGUUGCUGAACGCGCUGGUGUUUACAGACUGCCCUGAGCUUCCGACGUGGAACGAUGCAACUGGUGAAUACGAAGGUGGCAGUGGUCUACUGGCCUGCCACGAACUGACCAACGCGCCAAGUUCACUCGGCCACACGACGGUGAAGGAGUAUGUGGAGACGAACUUUGAGUACAAACACGCGCAGAUCUGGAGCAACUUUGGAUACAUCUUUGUAUUCAUCGGGGUGUAUCGACUGCUGGCUCUACUGGCUCUGCGCUUCGUCAACCACCAGAAGAGAUAG